CCAACAUCAUCUUGCCAUCGCGACCGCAUCCGCCUUUCUAGUAACCAAGGCUCACAAAGGCUCCAGCUCAUCUUUUUAACUUUCACAAAACAAUUCCAUCAAUCCACACCGCACAUUAGCGAGACACUGCUACAGUCGUCGGUCGCUACACCCUCAACCUUCAACAAACAAACCAUCUCCCAAGGUCAACCCGCAAACUUCGAGUUUAUGUCAGGCGAAAUCGAGAUCCAGAAUCUCAAGAGCCGCGACCCCUUCGCCGACGCCGACGAGGACUCGGGACAAACCACCCAGACCCAGGAAUACAUCCAUAUUCGCAUUCAGCAGCGUAAUGGACGCAAGACUUUGACUACCGUGCAAGGUAUACCGGCGAAGUUUGACCACAAGAAGAUUUUGAAGGUGAUCAAGAAGGAAUUCGCCUGCAAUGGCACCAUCAUCAGUGACACCGAGUCCAAGGGUCUUGGCGAGGUGAUUCAGCUCCAGGGCGAUCACCGCCUCAAGAUCAAAGAAUUCCUUGUUGACAAGGAGGAGGGCUUGGGUCUCGAUGAGAAGAACAUCAAGAUCCACGGCUUCUAAGAGGGGCAUGUCGGUCGUGCCGCCGCUCAGCGGCCCGGGCUCCAAGAGCUUCCGGGGCGGGGUUCACUCACAGAGGCAGAACUUGCCAUCGAUACCUGAGCAAUGAAAGACCCUUCACAGGGUCGCGCGGCGCGCAAACACAUGAUACCCGGAAGUUGGCAGAUGUGGCUCCUUCCCCUAGCAGAGAUUGCGUUAGGAGGACGUAUGUUAAGGCUGGGACCAUUUGCUUAUCGUCGUUCCUUCAGCGCUAGUUGACAGGACGGCCACAGAGUUAGCCUGCAUGUCCUUCGUUAAGCGCCUGCGGGUCUCGUUAGUUUUAGGCAAUGGAAUGGUAUUCCAUCCAGC